AUGGAAGAUGUAGAUAGCAAUGCGUCUGCAUCCAUUCGCUCGGGUCGAUCUGGCAGCUUGUCGCGCUAUUUGGACAAGAACGGCCGAAACAGACGGAACAGCACCACGAGCAGCAACUCGGACCGCGAAGGCGAAGCGCUUAGCGAAUACCAGAGUGAAGUGAUGACGCUGAUUGCGAUGGAGGACAAGCGAAGGGCGUUCCAGCGGCUGUUGAAUCUGGAGGUGGAGGUCAUCUUCGACACACUUGAAGAAACGGACAGUGGCUUGCGCACGUGGUUGCUUGAGUACGACGUCGUGAAGGAGGUGUUAAGGGUAUUCUCGACACCCGUGCUCUUCCACGAUAUAUCGUCAACGCCCGAUGCAGUUGUUCCAUCCAUCGCCACGGACACGGCUGUAUUGAAGGAACCCCUUGACGAACCUGCUGCGGCCGAAGAGCCUUACGAGUCGAAUGCACACAGCACCAGCCCCUCUGAUGACGCGACUUCCCCAGACAAAGAUCCUCUGGCCGACGACGGCGACCACGAAGUGAGCCAAAGCCCUGCAGGCGAAGACUCGAUUCCGCCGCCGUUGACGCCCAAAGUGCAUGCUGCUGCGGUCGACUCCAAAUCGACUCCGAGCUUUGCUAAAGUGGACGAGGAGUACGGGUACUACAAGCAUGUGUUUGUGUGCUCGGAGAUCAUCAUGCGCGUAUACACGGGGGACGAGGACCUGUACGAGUCGUUCCGCAUGUCAUCCAGCUCGGCGGGGUCGGCGGCCGCCAACGACGAGCUCACAUUUGGAUGCCAGACUCAAGACGAGCUGGAGCUGUGGCGGCUGUUCUUUGCCUACUUUUCCGACAACGCCGCCAUCGACGAAGUGCAGGCGGCGUUCUACUGCAAGGCAUUCAUCCGGCUCCAUGACGCGUACUGCCUCGAAGACGGGUACGUCCAUGUGGUGCUGGAAGCAUACCUUCCCGCGCUGCUCAAGCACAUUUACAUGCCCACGGUCAAGCAUCUCUUGCUCAAGCUCUUGCAAUCGUACGAGAGCAUCCAUCCCCUCACAGGAGUCCAUGAUGCCAUGGAGACGGUGGCGCCGCUGCUCGUCCAUGCCGCGACCGCGCCGAUUGAUUUGUCGUCGCCGUCGCUGGCCAAUCAGGUCGCAGCUCGGGAGAAUGCAUGUCGUUUGCUCGUGGAGAUGCUGCAAGCCAACCAAGCUGACCGCCUCGGGUCGUUCCUACGACGAGAAGACACGCAGUUUCUGGCAAAGUACUUUGUCAGAGAUCAAUUUGGCACGAUCCGCGGCAUCGAAGCCGUGACGGAAGGCUACCAUAACUUUCUUCAGUUUAUGCUACUGGAAGAGCUCGGGAAGGAGCCGCGGCUGCUCGAUCAGCUGUUUGCAGGCGCCAUUGAACAGCUCGCCCAAGUGCCGGCGUGGCCGUCGACGAUCGUCGCUCCGUGCAUGCUAACAAUCCACGUCGUGUCGGAGUUGCUGCGCAUCUACAGCCGAUACAAGCGGGCGUCGGAGCAGCUUACGCCCAAGCAAGUGGCGGCAGACGACGCGGACGAACUCGACGACGACGACGACACUCGAAGUCCGUGCACCGCCCCGCCUUCGAACGCCAACCCCGCCGUCAUGUACGAACUGUCGGGCUUGAAAGACGCCGACACCAACUUGUGGCUGAACGUGAAGAAGCUGUCGAGGGCCUCAAGUGCGGCAUAUGUGGGGCAUUUCUUCACCCAGCAGCACCCGACCUCGAUCGACAUUGCCAUUGCCAAGCACUUGUACCGCCUGGUCACAUUGCAAGACGACGACGUGGACGCCCAUCUGGUCGCGGCGGGGCUUCUGCCCAAGUACGUACAGCUGCUGCAGGCCAAGCCGGACGCGGACAUGCUGCUCAUCCACGUCGUGUCUGCGCUGCUGUUUAUCAUCACAGACAAGUCCGAGACGAGGGGCGGGUCGUGUGUGCUGGUGCGGGGCAUCCUCGGCGACUCUAUCGAUCUGCUGCAGACGAUUGUGGACGUGUUCGAGACCCACCACCGCAGCAAAGCGUACUUCAAAGUCCUCAACGACUCGAUGCUGGUGAUGCUGGCCAGCGAAAACCCGUCUCCCAGUCAGGCCCUGGUCAUCGCCAAGGCCUCUGUCCAUGCGCCGUGGCAGAAGCUCAACUGCGAAACCAAGCGGACUCUCGGGCUCGUGGAUGGGGUGUCGUCGGCCCAUGACCAUUCGUCUACUGCUGCUGCUACUACUGCUACUUGUACUACUGCUGACGCUAUUGCCGACAAGGACGAGGCCGACCUGACGAAUGGCGCGGAUGCCGCCGCGGGGGUUGCAAAUGGAGACUUCCUAGACGUGUCUGAAGACGAACCACAUGCUUCGACCGACUCGGAGCCGGCGAAACCGGCGCGGCGGCUGUCGCUGCCCAAAUCGGCGUACCUCCGCAGCGUCCUCUCGUCCCCCGCCGCGUCCGUCAUGCGCAACGUCAACACGGUCAAGAGCACGUCGCGACGGUCUAUCAUUAACAUUAUGAACUUGACCACAACUGCCGCCCCCGAGACCACGGCCACGCCACAGCCAUCCACGAAACCAAACAUCAACAACGGCUCGUCGUCCACGCUGUUUGGGUUUGGCAAUAACAUGCUCAGUAAGCUCAAGCAGCGCAUGGCGCCAGCAACCAGUCCCAACCUCCACCACCACGCCCCGUCCUCCCCCAAUGAAUCCACCCCCGCCAAACGAUCCAGUCUGCUCCCGACUUCUCGUCUGAAAGGGUCAUCGGAUAACCCGUCGUCACUCCUUGUGCUCGAUACGUCGUUGGGUGAUGACGUAACCAAGUGCGCCGUGCACGACGGAGGCGUCCACGUCACGACCAAGGACACCGUGGUCACGACCAGUGGGUACAUGUUCAAGAGCGGCAUGCCGGACGUCGGCAAGCGCCAUGUGUGGGAGCGGUACUAUUUCGUGCUGGAGCGAGGCCCCGAGGGGAUGUCCACGUUGAGCUACUACAUCUCUGAAACCCAAGCCAAGCACCGUACGCUGGUCAAGGGCGUGGUGGUGCCCACAAGUGUAUCCGAGGGCAUUCCCAUCCGAGUCACGGGCAAGCACGAAGCGCAUGCGUUUCAGUUCAACACGCAAGGCCAUGGCAUGUUCUGGGUGCUCGUGGACUCGAAAGACACCAAAGUGACGUGGCUGCAUGAGCUUCUCUCGGCCAUCACGGGCAUCCCGUUCUCGCCCAAGUCGGCGCACGAGAUUUUGUUUCCGUCGGCGGGAGACGUGUCCUCCAAGCAGAUGAAGGCGAUCGUGUCUGGAUUGUACGCAACUUUGUUUGGCCACGACUUGGACUUCCCCGACGCCGCCGCCGCGCCCCCCCUUGUCACGAUGGACGCCCUCAGUCCGUUUGUUCACCCGAACGUCAUCCUAAGCUCCAACUUGCCGUCCACAGUGCCGUACUGGGGGGAAUACCAUGGCCUCCAUGGCAUGGUUCAAUUCUGCAAAGUGCGGGAAGAGACGGUGGAGCGACUCAAGGGCCGCGUGCUGCGCAUCGUCGCAGAUGAGGACGAGAGCACGGUAGUGGUCAUGACGGCUGUGACACUGCGCAUUGUCCACAACAGCGAGGUGGUGGUGGAGGAGUCGUGCGACAUCGUCGAGCUCACGGACGGCAAAGUGGCGACGAUCCACCUCAACUUUGACUCGGCCCAGCUCUCGACCUCGUUUGAACAGCUUGGCUUGGAUGGGUCAUAG